CAGCUCCAGCAUCCCCUUCCUCCCCGCCUGUAGGAGAACUUCAGGAACUGUGGGGCAGCCGAUAUUUUUGGCUCGGGUCACAGAUUGAUUCCUGCCCACUCUUUCCCUGCUGCUUGCAAGAAAGGGUCCCCAUCUGAGGAUGCAGAGUUAAGCUUUUAAAGCCGUGGAGUGGGAGCACAGUGCUGCAGCCUCCCAGUCACCAGGGCUCUAGAAGUCACAAGAAACCAGCACCUGACAUGAUCUCAAAGGAACAAUCACCUGUUAAUUUUGUAAACCAGCCUGAGUAACAUGAUCCACCCAACACACAAAUGAUUUCAGAUGGAAACAAAUUACGCAUCAGAAAUGACAAUGCUGAUAACAGUAUCAUCCUCCACCCAGCCUGUUCCCAUCCACCACCCCCUUUCUCCCCCUCCCACCCUACCAAAGCCCAGGAAGGACAACGUGCGGCUGCAGCGGCUGCUGAAGAAGGCAGCCAGGAAGAACGCCAUCCUCACCUCAGAGCAGGGCAAGGCCUUCCGCUCCAGCCUUUCGCCUGUGAACGAAGCCAGCCCCGACCAAGAGCGUGCUGAGAGCGCUGCCCCAGCAGAGGCCCCUGAAACCACAGCACCCCCCUCUGACCCCCUGCCAACCCCCCUCUCCAUCAGGCCCGUCAACCACCGCGCCCCCUCCCCCUUCCGAAAGGGGAAGCCUUUCGCACUGAAGGUCACCGAGCAGCGGCGCAUCGCUGAACAUGUCAAGCUCACAACCUCCUCGGCCAUGCCCCUGCUACAGAAGCCAGGACCUCCUGAGACUCCACAGCAGCCUGAAGGCAUGGGGUCCCACCUUCCCUCUCCAUCCAACCCUUCAGUAUCUGUUUUCCCCCAGCCUUCUUCCAGUACACCCAGUAAAGAAAGGGCACCAGAUGUUACCUAUGCCACCAAGGUGAACACUUACUUCCACAGUGUCAAGCCACCCAGGGCUAAGAUUCCCACACCAAACCCGACCCAAGGAACUGUCAGCCACGAAGACAAAAGGCCUACUUCCCCAGCACCUCAAACAAGGAGCUCUGAACCAUCUCCAGAGCAGACACCCACCUCACUUAAAGACAGCAAGAACACUCCCCCCUUGCUGGAACCUCCCCUCCUUCCUGCUGCAGAGGCAGAGCCUCCUGAUCAAGCUCUCAAGCCUGUUCCUACUGAGAAGCCCAGCACCUCUGAUGCCCACACCAAUAAGCCUACAACCCAUGGAAGCGAUGCCGAAAUAGCUGGAUCAGAGACAGCUCCUGAAUUACCCAAGAAAGACAAAGACAUGCUAAAACCAUCAACAUCCAGCACUCCCUGGAGGCAAGCACACCCAGCAACUCCAGCACAAGCUGAUGGGACCGGGUCCACCUCCCCAGACACCAAGGCAGAACAUGGCACCGAACCCCAGCUGACCCCCAGCUUACCCAGCACCAGCUGUCCUCCCAAGGCUGAGCCAGCACCAUCAUCAGGAGAAGCAGCAAGACCUCCUGGAACCGGUGCCAGUGGCUGGCAUCGCCUCAGGAAGCACUUGAUGGUGCAGCCAGAAGCAACCAACUUCCCAGAGUCCAAGCCAGAAAAGCUGGAACAGGAGGAAGGGAAUAAAGAGGACACUGCUAAAGCAGUCAUCAAGCAAGACUGCAUGCUGGUUAAAUCAAAAGCCAUGAGAAUGUGGGAUGCCAUUUUAUACCAGGUGACACUCACUAAGCAGAGGAAGCAGCAAGCAGAAGAGAAGAAGGCACAGAAGGAAGAAAGAGUCUUUCUUCCCUGCCGCUUACCCAUCCUUCUACACAAGCCACGUUUUGAUGCCCGGAAACUGAAGGAGCUGGCUGCCAAACCCAUGACAAAGAUCAGCACGGUGUUUGAGGUGAGCCGCUUCCAACCCAACGUGGCCGAGGAGCACACCAAGAGCUUCAACAGAACGGCAUCAGGAUGGUCAGUCAACUGAAGCCAGGCAGCUCCACGCCUCAAGGUUCCUACAGGGCACCAAGCAAGAGGGCACCUAUGACCGAGUUUACUGCCCAGUGGAGCCAAGUGUAAGGGAAAAAAGGAAAUUAAAUAAAUCCCCUCCAAGCCAGCAGCCCCAUGCUGCAGGUUUAGGGGUUACUCUC